AUGACGGUGCCCCUCUCCCUGAGACAAGGCGGCGGCGGCGACGACAUGAUGGUCCUUGCAAGAAUGGCCACGACGGCUCCGAGAAUAAGAGGCCGAGAUGUCUACGACUGCUCGGCCGCCCGCAGCAGUCCUUCCAAGCAGCCCGUUGCAGCGUGGCGUCGGCCUGCCAUGCCCUCCCUCAUCGAGCGGCUGCCCAACGAGCUCCAGCGCAUCGUCUUCUCCCAGCUCGACUACCAAUCCCUCAUCCACCUCUCCACCAUGAAUCGAUACUUUCACCGGGCCAUUGACCCGCAGACCAUGGCCGACGGGAUCGACAAGGUCCAGUUCGUCAUGCGAGCGGCGAAGGACUUCCCCCAGCACCGUCCCAGCGAAAAAGGCCACGACUACCGGCCGGGCAACUUUGAGUGCUACGUCUGCUUCCGGGUCCGCUCGCCCGACCACUUCGACAUGUUGCAGCCCCAGUCCGCCUACGUUGACGCCCACGGCUGCCUCGUCCGGAACCGCGAGCCCGACAUGCGCACAGAUAGACAGGUCAUGCUGCGGCGCUUCUGCGUCGACUGUGGCGUCGCCGAGGGUCUCCACGCGCCCUUCGACUGCCUGACAACGAGGACCGGCAAAGACCUCUGGGUGUGCAGCUGUCGGCAGGUCUGGUCCAAGCCCGCUUGUCUGCGGUGCCCUGACUGUCGCGGGGACUGCCCUUUGCGGCCGAGGAGAAAGCUGUUGAUGUGA